GAAGUGGGGGGGCUACUCAUCUCUCUCACUCUUUCGCGAUACUUUCUGUGCAUGCGAAUCUACCUCCAGCGUUGACUAUAUCCUCAGCCAACACCUCCAGUAGUAAAUACUCUGACGAUAAGGCAACUCGAUCAGAUCGGAGAUGUGUUGUGCACUGUCUAAACUCUGUGCGAUCCACAAAUAUUAAAUCUUUACCACAGAAUUAAAUCCAAUCUUAUCUGCCAAGGUCAUGUAUUUUUAAUAUCUAAGGCCGACCGGUUGACCAUCCUUACUCUAACCUAACCAAUGAUAAAUCGCGUACUUCCCGCGUUGCGUCAGCAUUUACAUUCUGGCCGGCAUGGAUCUGGCUCACUGAUCUCCACUGCACGCAGUAGAAAUUUAGAGAUCAGUGAUCUGCACUGUGCUUAGCGCCCAUCACACCCGUGCCCGAUUUUUGGAUAUAUCUAUCAUCUAGUGAUCGAUCCAUUCUACAUCUCAUUUUUAAUCUGUCCAAAUUAUAUAGAUUAUCAUGUGCAUACCACAAAUGAAACAUAUAUAGUAAUUGAAAUAAAAUAUUCAAUAGCGGUUUUGAAUUUUCUUUCUAAACGAAAUAACGCGUUUGCAUUAGUGAAUAUAAAUACAAAGCGUAAACGCUGAGGCAGAUGGUGCUGCAACACAUUUAACAACUGUGUGUAUAGUCUACGAAUAAUUAUGUCAUUGCCUUUAUACUCGUGACUAAUUCUGAAUAACGAUCAACGUCAUGCGAUACAUUUCGGUGAUUCCCCAACAACCAGUAAAUGGUGAAGAAUUCUGAACCAACCGGAAGUUCUCCCCCACUAUCCAGAACCACCGUGAUACGAACUGACGGGGACACAACAGUGACCAACGUUAAUGUGGCACAAACAAGUUCAGUUAUGUACAGUUAUCCAACCUAUUAAAGCGGGUUUCGUGUUUGCGCGGGAAAUACAAAAAUUUUCAUUCCAUACGUAAUGUGCUAUUUCUGACCGAGUGGUGUUAAAAACAAACGACAAUAUGACGAGAACCCAGCUUAAUGUAAACAAGAAGCUCUCCAACUGCAACAUCGGUUUUCCGAAUGAAAAGACGCGUCUUAUUAACAACGCUGCUGAUUUAUUGAGUGUUCAAUCUGACAGGGGCCGAGUGAUUCCAACAGAUAGUAAAAGCGAUUUCACUCAAAACUCGUCGAAAUCCAGAAACAGCUCUUAUGAAUCAUUUAGGAUAUCCCACCUGAUAUUUGCCAUAAUUUUCGGAUGCAUCGUCGUGAUCGCAAUUGUAUUGAUGAUAAUAGUUCUAUGGAGUUCGCAUCCUAGGGUAAAGACUCCUUUGGGAAUAAUCGAGGGUCAUUACAAAAUAUCGAGCGAGGGACGUCGGUUCGAAGCCUACGAAGGGAUACCCUACGGCCAACCGCCAAUCAAGGAGCACAGAUUCAGGAUUCCGAGGCCGGUAACGUCAUGGAAAGGUGUCCGGAUGGCGAAAAAAUUUGGCUCACCCUGUUAUCGUUGGGGCCCAAUUCCUGCAGUACGAGGACCGAAGGACGCGGCCAAGGAUUCGGAGGAUUGCCUUUACUUAAAUGUGUACUCACCAAUAACCGAUCACCGUAAACUAACCGGACGACGAACGGAUCUGCUGCCGGUUAUAGUAUUUAUUCACGGUGGGGCCUUUCGGUCCGGAAGUGGAAUGCAGUACGGUCCCGAGUACUUGCUCAACGAAGACGUUGUCCUGGUCACAAUAAACUACAGGCUUGGACCACUUGGUUUCCUUAGUACGGAGGAUCACGUUGUGCCUGGAAACAUGGGGCUCAAGGAUCAAGUGGUAGCGCUGCGAUGGGUUCAGGAUAAUAUUAAAUCCUUCGGAGGAAAUCCAAAAAAAGUCACGAUCGUUGGGCACAGUGCAGGCGGUGUCAGCGUGCAUUACCAUUACUUGACCAACAUCACGAAGGGCUUGUUUCAUAACGGAAUUUCACUAAGUGGCACCGCACUGAACUGUUGGGCGCAGACCGAAAACUCUCUCAACAAGACUAAGCAGCUUGCGGCAAACUUAGGAUGCCCGGAUUCCACUGUCGAGGACAUGAUCGAUUGUUUGAGGGGUCAAUCCGCCCACAAUAUCACCUAUGGUGCCGCAGAUUUUACCCCGUGGUUGGACAAUCCGUUCACCCCAUUUGGACCUGUGGUGGAAAAGGGAGGUAGCGAAUUCACUUUCAUCGAUAAACCGCCAAUCGAAGUAAUUAACACGCGCCAGGCUCAAGACCUCCCAUGGAUUACAGGAGUAGUUAGCGAGGACGGUUUAUUCCCGGGUGCCGAAUUUGUAGCAAACAAAACACGGCUUAAAGAUUUGAAUGAAAAUUGGCUCGCAUACGCACCCCAUUUGCUGGAUUACAACUUUACGAUACCACUGAAAGAUCAGAAUGGGAUAAGUACAUUAAUCAGGAAAAGUUACCUGGGUAACAGAGCAAUCGACAGUAGUACUGUAAAUGACACUGUGCGUAUGAUGAGCGAUCGAUUGUUCGGUUACCACGCAGCGGAAGCUGCAAGGCUACAAGCACGAGCUGGUAACUCCGUAUUAUUUUAUUAUUUCUCGUACCGAGGUACCUACAGCUUCAGUCAGUGGUUCUCCAGCACUGACCAAAACUUUGGGGUCUGUCACGGUGACGAUCUUGCCUAUGUUAUGCAUUCGUUUUUUAAUGCAACAACUACGAAACGGGACCGGGAAAUGCAAAAGGUGCUUGUUAAACUUUGGGUGUCAUUUGCGAGCAAAAGCAAACCCAACGUACACUGGCCGACAAUAAACUCGGAAACAGAUGAUUUUUAUUAUCUGUACAUUGCAGGACCGCAAAAUCUCAGCAUAGAAAGAACCAGGGACUUUGGAAGGGAAAGUUUUUGGCACAGUAUCGGUUUUAAUGAGAACAUUUUGCCAACAACAACGACGACUGCGAAUUAAUCGCAAAAAAUAUUUUCAAAAUCAUCUCUAAGAGCGUGGAAUAAAUCGAAGAUGAAUAGCCGGCAAUCCCGCGGCGCGGUCCAAUUAAAAAAAGAAAAUAACUGAUUACAUAAUUCCAUUAUUUUCUUUUAUUUUUUCAAGCUAAGUAAUCGUUUUGCACACGCAGUAACAACUAGGUAUACGUAAUUUAUCGUGUGACUUAAUUUUCUUUAUUAAUAUUGACAUAUUUAGCAACGAUGUAUUAAUAUUAUUGUUAUUAUCGUAAUCGAGACGAGUCGUGACGAGAUCUACAACAAAAAUUUAUAGGGAAUGAUUUUGUGGAACGAUGAAUGGACGAGAAAAGAUGUCCACCUAAUAGGUUUCUAUUUUGUGAUAUAUAUAAACGCUUGUGAUGCUUUUUUGUACUGGUAUCUUAGAUUACUAUGACAGGUACCACAACAGGUAUUUACUACAGCAACUCUACAAAGUAGAAAAUUUUUUUCCUUCUCAUACAAUAUUCAAAACGGUAUUUAAUUUGAAUUAAAUCGAAUGAUACGUGCAAGCUUGUUUUUGACGUGUUUAUGUCAAACAUGUGAAACCUCCGUAAAUGAUUUAUAGAUCAUUCAAGACAUGUGCAGGCUGUAUGUAAAAUGAUCUCUGAUGGUUGAAUUGAUGCAAUGGUGAUGCAUAAUAAGAAUUUGUGAUAUACAUAAUAGCAACGUUAUAAAAACUGUUUGUCGAAAAU